AUAUUAGGAUCUUAUCUGUUGAAGCGAUGACAGGUGGGUGUAGUAUCGUAUGGUUUAGGAGAGAUCUGAGGGUAGAAGAUAACCCUGCUUUAGCUGCUGGUGUAAGAUCAGGUAAAGUGAUACCAGUGUUCAUAUGGGCACCUGAAGAAGAAGGUCAUUAUUACCCAGGAAGGGUAUCAAGAUGGUGGCUUAAACAGAGUUUAUCUUUGCUUGAUUCAUCUUUGAAGAAUCUUGGAACUUCUCUUAUCACAAAACGAUCUUCCGAUAGUGUUUCUUCUCUUCUUGAUGUCAUUAAAUCCACUGGUGCUACACAGCUCUUUUUUAACCACUUAUAUGAUCCAUUAUCUCUGGUUAGGGAUCAUAGAGCGAAGGAGAUUUUGAGUGAAAAUGGGGUUUUAGUGCGUUCAUUUAAUGCGGAUUUGUUAUAUGAACCAUGGGAAGUUCUUGAUGAUGAAGGUCGACCUUUUACUACAUUUGCAGCGUUUUGGGAAAGGUGUCUUAGCAUGCCUUAUGAUCCUGAGCCUCCUCAACUUCCACCUAAAAGAAUAAUCUCAGGUGACGUGUCUAAAUGCCCUUCAGACACGUUAGUUUUCGAAAACGAAUCAGAGAAAGGAAGCAAUGCACUUCUAUCUCGAGCAUGGACGCCGGGAUGGAGCAAUGGAAACAAAGCCCUAACAGCUUUCAUCAACGGGCCAUUACUGCAUUACUCCGUUAACCGGAGAAAAGCCGAUAGCGCCACCACUUCCUUCCUUUCCCCCCACCUCCAUUUCGGUGAAGUUAGCGUCAGAAAAGUUUUCCACCAAGCUCGAAUUAAACAAAUCCUCUGGGCAAACGAAGGUAACAAAUCCGGUGAAGAAAGCGUUAAUCUUUUCCUCAAAUCCAUCGGUCUUCGUGAAUACUCAAGGUAUGGAGACAAGGUAGAACAGGGUACCCUUUGGUUGAUGCGGGGAUGCGAGAACUUUGGGCUACUGCUUCCAUGGAGAUGGGGGAUGAAAUAUUUCUGGGAUACUUUGUUAGAUGCUGAUCUUGAAAGUGAUGCUCUCGGUUGGCAAUACAUCUCCGGUAGUCUACCUGAUAGUCAUGAGCUUGAACGCAUCGACAAUCCCCAGAUUGAGGGGUAUAAAUUUGACCCAAAUGGUGAAUACGUAAGAAGAUGGCUGCCGGAGCUUUCUAGACUACCAACUGAAUGGAUCCACCACCCAUGGAACGCACCGGAAUACGUGCUUCAAGCUGCCGGAAUUGAGCUCGGAUCCAAUUACCCUCUUCCGAUUGUGAAAAUCGAUACAGCACAAACUCGAUUACAACAAGCACUUACACAAAUGUGGCAACACGAAGCCAAUUCCAGAGCUGUUCUUGAAAACGGAAUCGAAGAAGGACUAGGUGAUUCCACCGAUGAUACUCCGAUUGCUUUCCCACAAGACAUGCAAAUGGAAACGGAACAUGAUAACCUCGGGAACCGUGUAACAACCACAAUCCGCCAUUACGAAGAUCAAAUGGUACCUAGUUUGACUGUGACGACAUCUCUGUUUAGAGGAACAGAACAAGAAGAAGAAGAAGAGGAAGAAUCGUCCACAGAUCAUAGAAUCGCCGGACACGAUGAUAGGAGAGCUGAAGUUCCCGAUGAUGAUGAUAUGAAUCUGGAAUCGGGAAGAGAAGGAAUUCAAUCGGUGAUUCCACAGUUUAAUAACCAGAUAGAUCUGAGGAGCAUUAAUGGAGGUGGUGGUGGUUCACAUUCACCGGCGGAAUCUUCAAGUGGGACAAGUUUUAGGCGGGAAAGAGAUGGAGUUAUGGUGCCUGUGUGGUCGCCUGGAAAUUCAGAUACUUCUUCUUAUUUGCAGAGGCAUCCACAGUCGCAUCAAGUAAUCAACUGGAGACAACUUUCUCAAACCGGGUAAUCUGAGAAGUUAGGAGCUGAAAGAUCUGGAAAGAUAGUUUUUCCAUUUAUGAUUCAUGUGCUGUUUAUAUAUAUAAAGAAAAAAAGUGUUUUAGACAUAAGAAUUCUGGAGUGCAUUAGAAACCCAGAUUUUUUUUUUAAUAUUAUAUUCAUGGAAUUGUUGUUGUACUAUAGCGUACAAUCUAUCAAUGCAAUGUGUGGGGGUGAUUGAUCAUAUCAUGAUCACUAUAACAAAACUUUUACUUUUACACCAUGGAUUGUGAAUAAAUAUUGUUGUAAAUGUUCUUGGUGCUUUCGACUUCGAUGUCUUGAUUUUCUUGAUUUGAUUGUCGUAGAAGAGCGUAUAAAAUGGUUGCGGUUAUUGAUCCUAGGAUAGGGGCAAUAACGUAAAUCCAC